AUGGCGGACGAGGCGGCCAAAGACCAUGAUCUGAUAGCCCGAACAAAAAAGGUUUCCGAGCUGGUCAAGGUAAGGUAGAACGGUGGGGUGAUUUCAUUUUAAUGAAUUAUAAAUAAUUGAAUGCAAAUAUAUAAUUAGGCUGUUCUCAGUACUUAGGUAAUCGUAAAAUUACUUUUUCCACAAACCGAAACUUUUUCACACAGUAUCCUUGAAUCAUUCAUCAAAAUGUUCAGCAGUUUACCCACUAGGUCUUUUUUUUGUUGAUUUCUGGGUUACCAUCAACGGAAAAUACACGAAUACUACUACUCUGCUUAGAAUCCUGUUCACAAUAAUUUAUCGUUGUAUAUUGUACCUAUAUAAGCUAAAUUAUCCUAUGUAUCCUAUAUUUUUUCAACUAUUCAUACUAUUGUGAACAGGAAGUUAGAAAGGUAGUUGUAUUAUAUGAUAUAAGGUAAUUCAGUUUAUUACUAUAUGAAACAAUAAAUCAUUACAAACUAUUCGGAACGGGAUUUAUUAGGUUAAACAUUUUGCGAUUAAAUUAAACAUUUUAUACAUUUGUAAAUAAAAAAAAAUUAUAAUGGUUUUAAAAGAAUUUUAUCAUAAAUUUGAACUUUAAAAGCUUACCAGAAAUAGUGACUUUAGGCUUACUUUUUUUUACUAAAAAGUACAACUCGAUAGAAUUCAAUCAUUUUUGAGAAGCCCAAAAAUUGUAUCCGCAUAAAACUAAAAGAAACCCAAAAUCAAGUAGCAGUAAAUAACAAAUAGUGUUGGAAUAUUUUUGAAAUUAAACCACGUCUAAAGAGUACUAAAUUAAGUCUGUGGAGGAAAUACUAGGAACACUUUUCAGUGAAUUACAACCAAAAAAUCAAAAUUAAUUUUCACACAACUCGUUGUUUUGAAAAUAUUCCCGUUUAUCCUUUUCUCCGGUUUUCUCCCAUGGCCCCUUUAUUAAGAGAUGUAAAAAGAAAAUCAUAAAUGACUUGUCUAAUGCAACAACUAGACAAAAUUGUUUAGCUGCAAAAACCACCUCUAAUAUGGUAUUGAUGAUUGAAGCAUGAUUUCUGGUUGAAAAGUUCUCAAAAGUUAAAUUGUUAAUAUUGAUUUUAUGUAUUUAUUUUUAUCAUACUAUAUUAUUGUAUUUAUUUCAUUUACCAUAAUUGUAAAAAAAUACACUGCCGAGGAGAGGAGGGGCGAUUGCCACUACCGUUACCUCUCUCUAAAAUGUACCACUGACGCGUUUAUCGAAAAUUAAAUUUUGUUAUAUAUACGAUACCUAAUGACAUUUCUUUACGGUUUAAGGAAAGCUACAACGACUUAUUGAAGUCAAGGAGUAAACUAUUACUGGAAUUGGCCGACAUUAACGAUGACCAUGACGACUUCACCAUCCCGUCCACUCCGUGCUAUUCCGAUUUGUCUUUUCGACAUUUAUUAAAACGCCCGACGGAAGUUCUGUAUCGCGAAAGCAGAGUAUUCAUUAUAGUUUUAAUGUCUGUGACGUUUUCGGUACAGGUGAGGGAAAUAGUAUUAUUGUAUAAUUUGUAAUUUUUUAUAUUUAUAAGACUCGACAAUUCAAAUAAUAUUAUUAUAACCACGAUAUAUAGAAGAUUUUCUUCUUUACAUCAUGAUUAUAACCGUACCUACAGAAAUUGUCGCAAUACGAUGUAUGCUGUUUGAUAAUGGGGUUUAACCAAACGAAUAAUAUUUUAAUUUUUCUUACAAAAUAUAUUAUUACUUUCAUAUACAUGGUAUUAAUAUUGUAAAACAUUGUUGAUUAAAACUGAUCAUCGAACAAUAUUAACCGCGUCACUUAAAUAAAUUACGUGUUUUACAGAUGUUUUCCCGGGAUAUUUGGAUACCGUUUUUCGAACCGGCUCUUGUGGCUUUUCCGGCAUGGUCACAAAUUUCCUUGGCGUUAUUAUCAUUUUGGAACGUCAUUAUGUGCGCACUGUUGAUGGUCCCUUCUUGCAUCGUUAUUAACAAAUACGGUAAAUAUAAUAACAUUAUUAAAUUGAGUUCAGUUCGAUUCAGUCGCGUUCGAACUAAUACUUUAGUCAUGUCAUUGCAUCAUAUUUAUUUAAUUUUAAUUUUGAUGCGGUUAUUUAAUAUUUUUACCAGCGAUUUUGGACCGAUUAGCAAUAAAUAUUUUGCAACAUCUUUUUCGAGAUAAAUAUGCAUUGUGAAUCAUGAAUUUCCAAGUCAUCUAUCUAAUAUUGUUAUGUGUCUGUGAGAUCCAAUCCAAAAAAGCUACUCUUAUAAAGACAAUUUAUCUUAAGUUCGUAAAUCAUAAAAUAUAAAAACAAUUGUUGCGAAUAAUACUUAUAGGUAUACCUGUAGCGCACUGCAUCAAUUUCCAAGGGAGCUAUCUAGUAAUUUUAUGAUUUAUUCAUCAAUGAGGUACCCAGUUACCCAAACGUUUUAUAUUUAUGUACCCAAAUGUAUUAUGUGUUUACGUGAACAAACACCUUUUACAUUUACUAGUAAAAACACAGCUAUCCACCCAAACGUGUUACGGCCGUUUCCGCGCGUUAUAACAUAGCAACAUACGCGUUUCGCAUUUCCACGAUUACGGCUCUCUGGGUGAGUUUAGUGCGAAGGGACCUAUUAUACAUUCUAUAAUAAAGACGAGUAUUUACUACGGAGACCACGAAUGAUAUUUUUCAAUAUUUUAAUUUCUUAAUUUACGGCUAUUAACGGCUAAAAUUAAGAGAAAAUUAAAACACGAAUAUCUCGAUGAACAACGGAAAUAUUCAAAUUAUCAUUCGUAAGAUCCAGUGUAAUAAAUAAGUAUAUUCCUUAAUAAAAUGGGCCCCUCUGCUCUCGACUCAACCAGAUAGUUGCAAUCGUGGAAAUGCAUAACGCCUUUGUUGCUAUAUUAUGCACGAGACGAAUAAAACAAAACAAAUGUUAAUCAAAUAAAUAAAUAAAGAAUGAAUGAAUGCAUGGCCUGGAGUAUUAUGAAAUGUGUAUUGUACUACCGAAAUUUUAAUCGGUAAAAGACGAUUCCGUACGAUUUUCUGGGCAAUGUUGCCAAUCUAUUAUUUAUUACUAAAAAAGUUAAAAAUAUAUCAAUUAAAUAGUAUAGAUUGUAUAUUGUACACAUUUUUACUACAAAUACUUGGACAAACAUUUUAUUAUGUGUUUGUGAAUCAAUUAUUCAUUGAUUGUAUGAUCUAAACAUGUUUAGUAAUACCUUAUUGUUCAUCACACGUAAUUACUAUUUGUUUUUAUGCUACCUAAAAUUAUUAAUAACACAAUAAUUUAAAAAAAAAAAAAAAUCAAUGACGCGAAAACUGAUCAUCAAGUGCGCAUCUUCACUUUCCAAAUACACAAAAUAAGCCCGAAUGCGAUUUAGAAUAGACCCUAUUAUGAAAAUCUAGCAACGUUGCAUUGAAAUCUUAAGUACAAAACGCACGGAAUCUUGUGCCUUAAAAUGUGCACGAUUCCGUUUCUCUGAUAAGGAUCGUACGGAAUCGUUUUCUACCCAUGUUAAUAACGCGAUCUCUUAAAUCGAAUUCGAUGUCGCAUACUUGCCGUACAGGUGUCAAGACCGGUCUUUUGUGUUCGUGCGUGGCGUCUACUUUCGGUACGGCCAUACGGUGUUUGCCGUUUAUCGGAGAAACAACGUUGUGAGUGUAAAAAAAAAGCUAAUAAAAUACAUUUUUUUGUUUAAUUAAUAAUAAUCAAAAGUAACCGGAAUUAUUGCUAUCGUAUUUCACGCACAGUUAUAUACACGCGUCCUCCGUAUUCCUGUCAAGUGCUUCGGCAGUCACGAUACCCCUAACGGUGACCAUAUCCACUUGUUGUUUCAGGACCGGCGAAAAAAACUUAGCAACAGGUAAACAUACCAACAAAUAAAAACCUAUGAUAUACGCGAAUCCGCGAGAAAACCUAACGCAUAUACAAUACGUUUAUAUAUAGUGAUGUUCCCAUAGGAUAUACACUACAUAUUAUGUGGAGUUCUCAUAAGUAUAACCAAAAUAGUCAAUUAAUAAUAAAAAAAAAGGACGGGCAUACUUCGCACGUGGGUGCAGCCAUUUUUAUAGGUGGGAAGUCGAUAAGGUAGGAUACAGACGGGAAUUUAAUGUAUAUAUGUUAACGAUAAACCAUUGCUAACGAAAAAAUGAUUCUGAGCGGAGUUCAUUUGAUAGUGGCACUUUGUCAUCAAUACAAUAUAUGAUAUAUAUCAUAUUAUGGUAAAAUAAUUAUAACAAUGUGCCUUUCCAUGACAACAAUGAUUGUUUAAAAAAGAUUAAAAUAAUAACAAAAACGGUUGCCAAUGACAACCUUGUUUUUAAUCUUUCAAUCUUUUUUAACCUAAAGACCGAGAUUUUCCUCAUUAUCUCAAAUAUUCAUGAGAAUUUCAAAAAAUGACCAAUUUAAAGUACCACCCAGAGAACAUUUUCUUUCAGAAAAGGAGCUAUAUUUGAUAAACGGAGUAUUCGCUUUGGUAGAAAAAGUGUUUACAAAAAAAAAAAAAAAUAAACAUUAUCGUAAAACCGAUAAAUUCUGCGUUCCACUCAGAAUCGAAAAUAAACACCAUUAUAAAACCAGUAUAUUUCUCGCUCCACUCAAAAUCGAAAAUUCACAACGCAUUUUUUUUUAAAAAAUUUGAGUGUUUAUUUUGAAAAUUUUAAUUUUAUUUUUGUAAAUUAAUAUUUAUUUCCAUACAAACAGUACAAACCAUACGAAUAAUAUAAAAUACUCGAUAUGCGCAAAAUGUUUUAGUAUACUCUCGAAAAAAAUGAUGGGAACACCACUGCGUAUUUAUAGGAUAAUAUUCGACUUUAUCCUUCCUUCAUAUUACAUACACACCAGCAUCCCCCUCCCCCGUCUAACCACAUACACAUAAAUAUAAGAACAUGAGGACUUAUACAAGUAUGACCGAAUGACGUGUUUAAGGAUGUUUGACCAGUUCGUCGUUGAUGGGCUCGGCCACUGGUUUACUCGUCGCCAUCGUCCUCCAAGCAUCACAGCCGCUGUCGUCAUCGAAUUCUGCACGUUGUAAAACCAUCGUGACCAGCCUGAUGUACAUAUGUGAGACCGAAUUAAAAUUUUCAAUUAUUUUGAGUAAUUGUCAGUAAGCACGCGGGGCACACGAGUUUUUUUACAUUACAAAAAAGGGUAUUGUAUUAUAAUCGAAUCUUUACAUCGAUAAAACUAUACGAAAACGAUUUCGCUGUUGUUUUUUUGCGGAGGAGGGAGAUUUGACUGAACGUAAUUAUUUCGUGUGUGCCAUCACGUUUUUGUACUGUUCGAUUGCACACUACACAAAAUAUCAGAACUGUCUCAAGAUGCCGGAUUAAAGAUAGCCUAUUUUGGUAAAAAUACACCAUGGUCAAUUUUUAUUGAAACCAGCACGAAUUUUUAGACAAGUCUCAGACUAACUAAACAUUUUUACUUAAAACACCGAGACCAAUUUUUGUAUUUCACUGUUAUUUUUAAUAGUACUGUGGUACAUUUAUAUUAUUUAUAAUAUUUCUAAAUAAUUGUACAAACAGUAAAAUUUGUAAAACUUAACAUAUCUACAACAUAAGAGACGCAUAUGAUUUCACCAUACCCCGAUGGCGCACGUUCGCAUUUCAGUUACCGACUUACCUUACACCCGGUUAAUGGUAAUCGGUUUUUAUUUUUGUCGACCAUUCUCAGGUUUCGCCAUGAACACCGCGUGUUUGUUGUUGGUGUACGUCUGGUUUCCAAAAGAGUAUAGUUAUUCGAAACAGUCGAAAACAUCGUCGACGACCUGGAAAUACAUACCGUCCGUCAUGUUCGUACUGCAAGCAAUUUCGAAGUAUGUAUACAAAAAUUAAAACAUCGCUAUUGAUGUACGUGCGACUCGGACUUUUUAUUAUCCGCCGAGUCUUUUUUUUUCUCGUACACAGAAAUAUCGGACUCGUGUACAUCGCGUUGUCGUACGUGUGUUCGAACGCGUACUCUUGGCCAUGGUACCAGAUGAUCGACGUCACGUUUUCCAAGAUGGACUAUCUACCGGUAAGCCGGUUCAGCGAAGGGGGAUAUCACGUAUGACGCAUCUCAGUUUAAAUAUAGAUAAUAAUAAGUAUGGAUAUAGGUAGGACAUCUUCAAAUUGAUUUUUUGAGGUUCGGCCAAUCAGGCGAUCAAAUAUUUUAUUAUGGCUUUAUGAGGUAUUUUAGAUUCGGAGCGUGGUGAAGAGUGUAUUGCUUUAAAAAUAAUAUUUAUUAAGAUUUGUUAACAACUUGUCUACCAGAAAUCUUGCUCCGAUGUACUAAGUGUACCAUCUUUUCUAAAAGGAAAUUUUAUCUAAUUAGUACUUUAUACAUAUUAUUUUUUGAUUUUCCAAACGGUUUUCUUAAUAAUUGGGAAAAACCGUGAAUAAACUUAGGGAAACCGGAAAAUGUACAUAUGUCUCAAAAACAGUUUUCGCUUCGCUAAGGUUGGGAAAUAUAAUAUUAUAUCAACAAAUAACGUAUUGUUUAUUGUUUUUGUAAACAUGAUGAGCAGGUGACCGGCGAGAAUUGCCGAUUCUGGAUGAUCGUACAAACGUGUAUACUGACCCUGGUUGUCUGUUGGUUCGCUGAUAGUGUGGCCGAUUCCAACAAGUUUUACGCACUGAUAUGUCAUUUCUUUGGGUCGGCAUUUUUGCUGUGUGUCGUAUGGACAGUGACUUCUCGCCAAAAUCCAUGUACAUGUCCCGAUACCCAGUAUCUAUGCAUUAUAAUAUACUGAACUAAUUAUUACUGUAUUUUUUUCUAUUUCUACAGCUUACUUUGUAUCCAGAGUCAUGCUGGCGUUCCCGUUACAGUGGGCCACUCAGAGUCUGCUCUACCAGAUGAUCGCCGACAACGCUUAUCCGUUACCGGAAAACGUGGCUGUCGGACUCGUGCACGUAUUAAAAAUGAUUUUCGAAACGUUCGUCUAUUUGGUCAUGGCGAUAAUCCCCGAACAUCGUAAGUAACACCCAAAUAGUCAAACCACUCGAAUUAUACAAGGGAACUUAUUUUUUAUAAGACACCAGCCGAGAGUUCGUGUUGCCGAUUAACUUUGCGAAAAAAUAUUCCCCUAUUUAGACAAUUACUGAUUGCAUAAUAAUAUCGUCUGUAUAAUUCGACCAACGGCAGUGGAAGAUUUGUCUUCCCUCACUCACCCAGGCAUAGUUGUCAAAUUUUCCCCUAUUACUUAUUCCGACUAUAUUAUUGUAUCGUAUAAUAUUUUUUAUUUCUUAUAUAGAUACUUAUUUAUUUUUUUCUCACUAUUUUUAGACAUUUUUAACGGCUCACUUUGGACCAAAUAAACUCAAAUUCGGGAAUUAGAUUUUUUUAAAUUUUAUAGGAUUAUUGGAUUAAUACAAACGUAGAUGAUUUUCAGUAUAAAUUGUUGUCAAUGAAUAUUGUUAUGGGAAGAGGGUACAUUUUAGCUUUCAACACCCCUAUACAGGCCCCUACAAAUGAUGAUGUGAAUCGAUUAGUAAAGUAAAGUAGGUAAAUCAUUCAUCAAGAAGUAUAAAUAUAAAUUACAUUAGGUACCAUUUUACAAAUAAUUUAAUUUUUAAUUGUUUUAUUCAAAUAAUCAAUAAUUUUUUCUCUUCAUACUAAACUAAGAUUAACUGAUCAGUAAUUGUUUUGAAAUUUGGUUAUAUUAAAUUAAAUUAAAUUUAAUAAAUAAAUAAAUGCGUUUUAAUUAACCUAAUUAAUUUGCUGUCUACCGAAAAUAUUAAAAAUCACAAUUUACAACGUAUUAUUUACAAAGAAAAUAUGCUCACAGCUGUGAAGUUACCUCCCUUCCCACGCUGAAUCGUUCCAAAACAAUUGUAAGUUACAGCCUUUUGUAGGUAACUGUAAGCUCAUUCUCGAAAAUUUUUAGUUAGCGAUAAGUUUUUGGGUGGUAGUCCCCCUCCAUCACAGCCAAAUGGUUCCAAACAAAUUGUAAAUUAAAGCUCUUCAACUGCAAGUAAGUUUAAGUUCAUUCUUAGAAUUUGUAAGUUGACAUUGUAUUCCUAUGAGAAAAUUUUGAAUUAUUGUAUAUAUUAUACAUAUUUGAUUUUAUUUAUACAUACAAAGAUAAUAGACUUUAUUAAAUAAGUUCGUGGGCCCAUAAUUUCAGUUAUUAUUUUCUCUUAGCCAACUAUCCACAUUAUUAUAUGGUGUUUACAAUAUUCCAGAUGGUCUUACUGGUAAUGUUUCGUUAGUAUUUAAUGAUAAUUUUCUCAAUGAAUCUAUCUUUCAAUAUUUCUAAAUGUCAUUCUAUGACUUUCACUCAUCGUAGAAAUUCUAUCAGCUAUGGUUAUAAAAUUGAUGAAAAAACUAUUUCCUUCCUUGAUAAGUUAUUUACCGACUAGGGUUUUGUAUUUAAUCCCACUUUGAAUCAACAUUUAUACAUCGAGACUUUGUUUUAAGCUCUCAAGACCCUCGGAUUCAUUAAGCUGACUUCGGCAGAAUUUGGAUUUACUUCUCCUAUGAAAAUCCUUUACUGUGCUUUUGUUAGACAACCUCUUAAUUACGGAUCUACUAUUUGAAACCCCAUAUCAGUAACACACUCUUCCUUAGUAGAACGUGUUCGAUGUAAAUUUUUUAACUUCGUCAGUGAUAGCCUAAAGAUUAAUUGUUCCCCCACGAUUACACAUCCAUUCAUAAAAGCCUCGGCCUUGUCUCAUUAGCUGACAAAAGAUACCAUGCCAACAUAAAGUUUUUAUUUAAGCUUAUAUCUAGUGAUAUUGAUUCCCCUACCCUCCUUUCAUCUAUAUUAUUCAAAGUUCCUCCUCGUAUGACACGCCACUCAUAUCCAUUUCAUAUUCCUCUAUCCAUUACGAUCUAUGAUUCAAAUAAAUCUCAAGUGCGUUGUAUAUCCCGUUCUAACUCCGACUCUUCUUUUUUUAAUUUUUAUCUAAUCAAUUACAAUUUGUAAACUUAAAUUACUACCAGCUUUAUUAUUAUUAAGCAUAGUUAUGAUAUGCAUAUUUAUAUUUACUUCUCUAUGUUAUGACUAAAAUAUUUUUAUUAUUUUUUUUUUUAUUCUUUUAUGUUUAGCUUUAGAACUACCAUAA